AUGUCGUGCCGCUCCUACAGGAUCAGUUCAGGAUGUGGAGUCACCCGGAACUUCAGCUCCUGCUCGGCUGUAGCCCCCAGAACUGGCAACCGCUGCUGCAUCAGCGCCGCCCCCUACCGAGGGGUGUCCUGCUACCGGGGGCUGACGGGCUUCAGCAGCCGCAGCCUCGGUAACCUGGGCUCCUGCGGGCCCCGCAUGGCUGUCGGGGCCUUCCGUACUGGUUCAUGCAGCCGCAGCUUCGGCUACCGCUCCGGCGGCGUGUGUGGCCCCACCGCCCCCGCCAUCACCAGCGUGUCUGUCAACGAGAGCCUGCUCACGCCCCUCAACCUGGAGAUCGACCCCAGCGCGCAGUGCGUGAAGCACGAGGAGAAGGAGCAGAUCAAGUGCCUCAACAGCAAGUUCGCCGCCUUCAUCGACAAGGUGCGCUUCCUGGAGCAGCAGAACAAGCUACUGGAGACCAAGUGGCAUUUCUACCAGAACCGGAAGUGCUGCGAGAGCAACCUGGAGCCGCUGUUCAAUGGCUACAUCGAGACGCUGAGGCGGGAGGCCGAGUGCGUGGAGGCCGACAGCGGGAGGCUGGCCUCAGAGCUGAACCAUGUGCAGGAGGUGCUGGAGGGCUACAAGAAGAAAUAUGAAGAGGAGGUAGCUCUGAGAGCCACGGCGGAGAACGAGUUCGUGGUACUGAAGAAGGACGUGGACUGCGCUUACCUGCGGAAAUCAGACCUGGAGGCUAAUGUGGAGGCCCUGGUGGAAGAGACUAACUUCCUGAGGCGGCUCUAUGAGGAGGAGAUCCGCGUUCUCCACUCCCACAUCUCAGACACCUCGGUCAUCGUCAAGAUGGACAACAGCCGGGACCUGAACAUGGACUGCAUUGUGGCUGAAAUCAAGGCUCAGUACGACGACAUCGCCAGCCGCAGCCGGGCUGAGGCCGAGUCCUGGUACCGCAGCAAGUGUGAGGAGAUGAAAGCCACGGUGAUCCGGCAUGGUGAGACCCUGCGUCGCACCAAGGAGGAGAUCAACGAGCUGAACCGCAUGAUCCAGAGGCUGACGGCCGAGAUCGAGAAUGCCAAGUGCCAGCGUACCAAGCUGGAGGCUGCGGUGGCCGAGGCGGAGCAGCAGGGUGAGGCAGCCCUCAAUGAUGCCAAGUGCAAGCUGGCAGAGCUGGAGGCCGCCCUGCAGAAGGCCAAGCAGGACAUGGCCUGCCUGCUCAAGGAGUACCAGGAGGUGAUGAACUCCAAGCUGGGGCUGGACAUCGAGAUCGCCACCUACAGGCGCCUGCUGGAGGGCGAGGAGAGCAGGCUGUGUGAAGGUGUGGGCUCCGUGAAUGUCUGUGUCAGCAGUUCCCGUGGCGGGAUCAGCUGCGGGGGCCUCACGUGUAGCACCACCCCAGGCCGCCAGAUCACCUCUGGACCCUCAGCCACUGGGGGCAGCAUCAUGGUGAUGGCCCCAGACUCCUGCACCCCCUGCCAGCCCCGCGUCUCCAGCUUCAGCUGCGGGAGCAGCCGGUCCGUCCGCUUUGCGUAGGGGAGGGGUCUCCCGCCAAGGGCCCACCUGCUCGCGUAGGUCUGGCACUGAAUGACGUGUGAAUGGAAAAGGU